GAAGAAGUUACCCGGAAGUGGCGAUUAUGAAUGUCAAAGACAUGCAUGGUGGCCAUUUGUGUUAUCCCUUACCGCAAGAAAGUAUGGCAGGGUACGGAUUAUUCUGCUCUACAAUGAGAAUUAAAUGCUUUGCGACCAAUACACCUGUGAGAUUUUGUAUGAGUAACCUGUUGUAUAGAAUUCCUACGUGUGGAUAUGCAAAGAAAGUUGCUGCCAAAGGGAAGGGCAAGGGUAUGGUGAAAGAUGUGCUGAAGGGACCGGAGGUUUGUAAGGACCCUGUGAAGCUCACCUCUCACGCUGUUGGAGUCAACAUUUUUAAGCAAGGAGACGACCCUGCACUGAAACCUCCCGAGGAGUACCCAGAGUGGCUGUUCCGGUUGCAGCUGGGUCCCCCUAAGAAUAUCCAUGAGCUGGAGCCAGAUAGCCAUGAGUACUGGAAGGUCCUGAGGAAGGAGCACAUGUUGCGCUUUAACAGGUUACACAAAGGGAAGAAGCUGUAGGACCCAGAGCCAGUGAAAGAGAGCCCCUCAGUGAUCAGCUGCUCUCUGCAGAUCUGUGUACACCAGACACUACAGCAUAGCUGUAACCUGACCGACUCAAUACUGUCAGUCAGUAUGUCAUCUUUCUGCUGAAAAGGAAUCACCAAUCAACUUGAGAACUUGGACUUGUUGUAAGUAAAGUAAAAAA